GCUUCAUACCGAAGUUCAUGAUCCCUCGGCUGCCGUAUUUCACCUUUGGGUCAGAGGUUGGAUGUCUGGUGUAUUUUGAUGUUGGUGGUGAUGCCAGCAAGAUUCGCUUCGCUCGAGAAACCAACAGCUUGCAGGCUAUCAAGAGUGCUGUAUCAGACCCCAAAAUACACAUGAUUGCCGGAGAUGUUAUCUUGAGGGGUCAUGGAACCAAGUCGCAGUCGUUGGUGCCAGUGAUGGCAAAGCCUCACUUGAGUGACAGUGACGUGACGCUGAAGGACUGGUUACAUCAGAUACGUCUCAGUGGUAAAGGCAUCAAGUUGCACUUUCAUUCCAUGGAAUCUGUGGAGAUCUCAUUGCAGAUCCUGAGUGAUUUUGACAAGAUGAACCCGAUCAAGUAUCCGGUGUGGAUACAUGCGGACGUGCUACAAGGUCCCCAUGGCAGCAAGCCAGUGAUAGACUACCACCGAUUCUUUGCUUCACUGAAACGUUUGUUUCCCAAGUGCACACUGUCUCUAGGCUGGACCACCGGCACCCACACGGACCUGUCACAGAGCGCCUACACCUGGGACAUGGUCUGGGACAUGCUGGAUCUGGUGGAGGCCGCCCAGUUCAAGGACCAAAUUAUUGUCUUCCAGGCUAGACUGUCCCUGAUUCACAACUCUGUGCCACAGCUGAAGUGGUUGUACGACAACGUCAAACUGUCCAGUGUCAUCAUCUUACACCAGGAAGGCGAUGUGACUUUCAAUGAGGAUGUCAUGUAUGUGGCUUAUCGAUUCCCUCCUCAUGGCAUCUACUUCGAUUUGAACCAUGAGAGGUUCCAGACCUUGCUGGAGCAGUACCGGCACUUCUCCCGAGACAAGGUGAGCCAUCUGGUGCUGAAGAGAGAUGAAGUCAUGUUCAAACCUAACGGCUGGCUGAAGAUGGGCUUCCACAAACAGAAACAGUCCAUCCUGGCCAGCUCAGAGGCAAUUAUCCUGACUGUUUCCAUUGUCCACAUCGUGUCCAAGUCUACCUACCUGCCCACUCCAGAAAUCUCCAUCCAGGGCCGGAUACAGUUCUUCAACAGACACAACAGAGAGGCAGAGGGUUACAAAACAGGUGUCAACAUUUAUGUGCGCCCAACUGAGUACAGCCAUUUUGACAAUAUUGUUGCAAUCAGAUGCUUCAUUGGGGUCGGAGGGGAGAUUGAAGUGACUGGAAGUAAUCUUCCUGAGAAUACACCAAACUUCCGAAAAUCUGCCCGGGUAACUCCGACAUCUGCAAACUGUUACAGGUUUAAAAUCACGGAUGAGAGGACCCAGAUUUUAUUUGCAGUGAAGUCACUUCAUGGUUGUACAACAUUAGAGAGCGUUGCAGAGGAAGACGAGCUUGUAGCGUUGUUGACAGUCCCAUUGCCAUCGGGGUUGGACAGCGAUAAACAGCAUCCAUUUGUCAUCAAACUGGAGGACUCCAAUAGACAAGUGUUGAUCGAUGAGCUAAGUAUUAGACACACAAACUGA